AUCCUAGGCCAAACCCAAAAGAGCGUCAAGCCUGACCCGGACGGUUUACCCGAUUCCGCCGGUUCGAGUGAAUUGUAAAGAGACCUAGCAGGUGUACGCGAGUAUCGUUAUCAGAGAUGCGAGUACAGCAUCUAUUUCUCUUGCCCUAACAAUCAAACCCGCAAAAUCAGAAACUUCUCUACUCGCCCAGGAUUGUGGUGCUGACGAUCAGUCCAUGUAAUAACCUCUGUUCCUCUCUCGUCUUCUAAACUAAUUUCCGUUUACUUGGUUUCCUCUGUUCUCUUGGUUCGUCUGUUCUUAAGUUAACUUAUCACUCACUUGUAUUACUUGUUUGGAUAUGGGACUAUGUAUGCCGGAGUCAUGCUUACACCACCAUAUAAAUGUCUUUAGAUCUGUGGGACAGCUCACUAGUUAGAGGACACUUGCUAUAAGUCUUGUUUAAAAAAUAUACAUUCUCCAUGGGUAUAGACCUUCAACAGCCUUCAGCAGAAUAUCACAAGCAAGACUGUAGGCCAAAUGCAAAUGCUGAUAUGGGGGGUAGUGGAUCGUACAAUAGAAACAGAGCUGCAGUGGAUUGCUGUAACAUUUCUGGGACUGAUAAGGAGAGACCAACCGUCAGUGGAAGAGCUUUUGAUGGUACUCAUAAAACGUAUGCUGGAGAUAGAAUAAACUUGAAUGCUGCAAAGGAUUUGGAGCCCCAUGAUGGAAUGGAAUUUGAAUCAAAGGAGGAAGCAUUUUCAUUCUAUAAAGAGUAUGCCAAGUCUGUGGGAUUUGCCACCAUAAUAAAAGCCAGCCGCAGAUCAAGGAUAUCUGGAAAGUUUAUUGAUGCAAAAUUUGUAUGCACUAGAUAUGGAACUAAGCGAGAAUCUAGUACGACUGAAAUGCCACAUCCAGUUAUAGAUACAGUUGGCGCAACAAGCAUUCCUGUCAAGAGAAAAAGAGGUAGAAUAAAUCGUUCUUUGUCAAAAACAGAUUGCAAAGCUUGCAUGCAUGUAAAGAGGAGGCAGCAUGAUGGAAGAUGGGUUGUUCGUAGUUUCAUCAAGGAGCACAACCAUGAAAUUUUCCCAGACCAGGCUUAUUUCUUUCGCGGUCAUAGGAAUUUAGACCUAGGUAAUAAUAAUGUUGAUGCAUUGCAUGCUAUUAGGGCAAGAACCAAAAAAGUGUAUGUUUCGAUGUCUAGACAAUCAGGUGGAUAUAAGAAACAAGAGAAUCAGAAGCGUAGUUUGACAAACAUGUCAGGCAGUAAACGUCAUUUGGCCUUAGAUGAGGGAGAUGCUCAGAUCAUGCUUGAGCAUUUUAGGUAUAUGCAGGAUGAGAAUCCAAACUUCUUUUAUGCAAUGGAUCUGAAUGAAGAACAGUGUUUGAGAAAUGUUCUCUGGGUUGACGCUAAAGCUAGGCUUGAUUAUGGCUACUUUGGUGAUGUUAUAUUCUUUGACACCACAUAUCUUAAGAGCGAGUACAAACUUCCAUUUGCUCCCUUUUUUGGUGUAAACCAUCAUUUCCAGUGUCUGUUGCUUGGAUGUGCAUUAGUUGCUGAUGAGACCAAAUCAACAUAUGUUUGGCUGAUGCAGGCAUGGCUUAGAGCAGUGGGAGGAGUUGCUCCAAAGGUGAUACUUACUGAUCAAGACAAAUCCCUGGAACAAGCCAUUGCAGAGGUCUUUCCUAAUUCUCAACAUUGCUUUUGCUUGUGGCAUUUGUUGAGUAAGAUUCCUGAGAAGCUCAGUUACGUGAUAAGGCAGCAUGAAAAUUUCAUGUCUAAGCUUAACAAAUGUAUCUUUAAGUCUUGGACAGAUGAACAGUUUGAGAAGCGAUGGUGGAAAAUGGUUGAGAAUUUUAAUUUAAGGAAUGAUGUGUGGUUUCAGUCAUUGUAUGAAGAUCGUCAAAAGUGGAUGCCACUGCACAUGAGAGACAAAUUUUUGGCGGGGAUGUCUACAACCCAAAGGUCAGAUAGUAUAAGCUCUUUCUUGGACAAACACUUGCAAAGAAAGACCUCAUUGAAAGAGUUCUUAGAACACUACAAAACAAUUAUUCAAGAGAAAUUUGAAGAGGAAGCAAAAGCAGACUUUGAAACUUGGCAUAAACAACCUGGAUUAAAAUCUCCAUCACCUUUUGGGAAGCAAAUGGCAAUGUUGUACACACAUACAAUAUUUAAGAAAUUCCAGGUUGAGGUUUUGGGAGUUGUUGCUUGUCAUCCUAGAAAGGAGGCUGAAGAUGGAGAAACCAAAACUUUCAAGGUUCAAGAUUUUGAAGAGAGUCAAGAUUUCAUUGUGGUGUGGAAAGGAACAUCAUCUUAUUUUUCUUGUUCAUGCCGUUCAUUUGAGUUCAAUGGUUUCCUUUGUAGACAUGUGUUGAUUGUAAUGCAAAUGUCUGGUAUGCACAGCAUUCCAUCUCAAUAUAUUUUGAAACGUUGGACAAAGGAUGCGAAGAGUAGAGAAACCAUUGGGGAACAGUCAGGUAAGGUUGAGUCAAGGGUUCAACGGUACAAUGAUCUAUGUAGACGGGCUUUUAAAUUGGGUGAUGAAGGUUCUUUAUCUCAAGAAAGUUACUGUAUUGCUUUUUCUGCACUGGAAGAAGCAUUAAGAAAAUGUGAGAGUGUGAAUAAUGCAAUUCAUAAUGUAAUAGAGCCAAACUCAACAUCUCCUAACAGACCUCAGGACUAUGACAGAGUAAAUUGUGCCACUGGUGUAUCCAAGACAAGUAGCAAUGAUGGUAUUUCCAGGAAAAAACAGGUAUACUCAGAGCCAGAUGUCACGAGCAUUGGGAUGCAUGAAAGCUGGCAGCAACUGGAGCAGCUAAACUCAAAGGCUCCAAACCUUGAUGGAUAUUUUGGCCCUCAACAAAUUGUGCAGGGAAUGGGACAGUUAAACUCCAUAGCUUCUACCCGUGAUGGUUAUUAUAGCAAGGAACAUAGCAUGCAAAGGCUGGGACAAUUGAAUACAAUAGCACCUAUUCAUGAAGCUCAUUUCGUAAAUCAGCAAAGAACACAGGGGAUGGGGCAGUUACAUUGCAGAUCAGAGACUAUUCCCAGUUGUUUCAACACGCAAGAUGGUCUACAAGAAAUGGUAUUUAUGUUGUCGCUUGAAAUAUAUAUUGCUUUGCUGCUACGUUACAUCAUGUUUCGCCUUUUCCAGGACCAAUCUAGCAUCGGACCCUCUCAGUUGCAUGGCAUGGCUUCAAAAAAUUUGCAACCCAAACACCUCCCUCGUUAGCUGCAUAGUUCAUCAUAGGUGAAAAUGUAGUUGUGUAUUUGGAGAAGAUGCUUGAAGUGAACAGGUUGCUGGUUUUACUUGAAAGUAUUUCCAUUUUUUAGGGCUACAUAUGUCUUUUCGUUUGUUAUUUUAUACAUUUUUUUGUACUGUUUCUGCUUGUACUUUGUAAUUUCCAAAUUGAAAAAUUUUCUCCUGUACAUAAAUGUUGUAGCAUGUGAAACUCAAACGCGGCAAAGGAUACGUUUAUGAUGUAACACAUCUAGAGAAGAAAAAAAAAUCAGCAGACGUUGAGGGACACGUGUUA